CAUAGCGAAGACGAGUCAGACCUCUCCAAUCCCGAACGUCCAUGGCUCCCCCACUCUGCCUCUCAUCCCAAGUCUGGAUCUAAACACAAAAAAACACCCUCCCAAACCCUAAGCCAAACCAUCCACUCCGCCUCAAGCAGCACCGUCUCCCUCCUCUCCUCCCUCAAACCCAAAGACAAUGGCCCCUCGAGUAUGGCUGCGCUCAUUACAGGUGCGGGGACAUUGAGCGGUGCUGCUGCCCCGAUGCAGUUGGGGUUGGCGCCUGAUUUGAAGACGAAAAGGGGGUAUGGACUUGUUAGGUAUCGGUUUGAGGACGGCUUUGAGGGGGAGGGGGCUGGGGAAGCGAAGGAAGUGGGAACACAACGAACACCAACACCUCCCCGUCUCAGCCUUCGUCUCCCCCGUCGUUCGAAGAGCACCGAUACCGAUUUUACGAGGGGGGUCGGUGGGCGUGUCGAGGAGGACCACGAGGGUGAAGGGGAAGUUGAUUCUAAAGCUGCUAUCCAAUCGCAAAGCGAUGCAACAAUAGACCUCGAGGAAGAAGUGAUAGAUGUCAAGGAGGAUGAUGAUGAAGAAGAGGAUUCACCAGAUACACUCGCUCCUCCGACGACCGCGACUACUUCUACGUCUACUCCUACUUCCACCCCCUCUGAAUCAACUCCACCAAACCUCCCCCCAACUUCGACUUCGACCUUCAUCGAGAAACCAAAGUCGAAGCACUGGAAAGGUGUCCUGAAAGAUCUCCCGCUCCCACAUCACUUGCCUGGCGGGCACUUCAAGGGGUUUUCGCUGGGUUUACCCGGGACACCUUUAAGACAUCCAGUCAGUGCGAGUGGGGCUUCUACACCUGGGACUAGUGGGACUGGAACAAGGGCGAGUAGUGUUGCUGGUUCGCCUGAUGAAAAGGAUAAGGAAAGGGACGGUGGGGGCGAUGAGGAUUAUUUCGGUGCGAAGUGGAUGGAGGAGCAGAAGGAGAGGGACAGAAAAGAGAGAAAAGAGAGGGAGAGAAAAGAGAGAAGGGAGAGGGAGAGGAGGGACAAGGAGAAGAGGCGGAAGAGGAAAAGGGCGGAGGUUUACGUGCGUUCCUUUUCUUUUUUCCUUUCCCUCCUUCGUUCACGUCCAGCUACCUCACCUCACUCACGCCCACCCCACAGAUAACUCGACACGUAGCAGCCAUCCUCCAACGCCAAGAAUUUAUCCUCAAACUAGCUCGUGCAAUGAUGAUGUUCGGGGGUCCUUCACACAGGCUCGUCGCGC